CCGCACACUUGCGGCUUUCAAUUCCGAUGAUCGCUCGAAAUCAUGACUACUGACGAAAGAACGCCGCUCCUCCCCAAGAGGGAGACUGGGAAGAAGAGCCUCUGGUCGUGGGUACGGAGUGCUUUCAAUGUCGAGAACCGCGUGCUCUUUGCGGGGUUUCUCAUCACCUUGUCGUUCAGCUUUACCCAAGUUCCUAUCUUUUAUGUCUUCCAUUUAAUGGAAUGCGAUGCCUUCUAUGACACCCACCCACCCUACAAUGGUUCUGGGGACAGGUGCAGCCGAGAUGAGGUGGCGGCCGGGACGGCUGCACAGUACAGUAUUCUCGGGAUGAGUACAACCCUAUGCGGAACCCUGAACCUUUUCGUGGCUGGGUGGACAGCCAAAAAAUUCGGUCCUCGAACCGCUCUCAUGGUCCAGACCUUUGUCCCAGCCAUUCGAGUCGCUACCCAGAUUCUUGGCGUUGUGGCUGGAAAGAGAACCGGUAUGAUGAUCAUCCAAUGCACCCAGCUUAUCACUGUCUUGGGUGGCCCGGUUGGUUAUAUUCUUGUUGUCAACAUCAUAGCUGGUGAAGUUACUGAGCCUAUACGACGCACGGCUCUUUUCGGAAAGCUUCAAGGGUGCAUUAUGCUGGGGCAGGGCAUCGGAUAUUUAACUGGCGGCAUGAUUGGCGACUCUAUUGACAUUCGGGCUCCAUUCGAUGUCGCCUUUGUCUCAUUUCUCCUAGCCGGCACAUAUGCUUGGGUCGCCCUACCGUACAUAUCUCCCGACUCCAUGGUUGACGCCAAAAAGCCGGGCCAGCAGGGUGAAGGGUUCUUAGCGCCACUAAAGAUCCUCGUGCCACGACGCCUAAGGCUCGAAAAUGGGGAGAUUAAGAAGCAUUAUGGUGUCAUAUUUCUGUGCGGCGGCAUCUUUCUUGGAGUGCUCGCCACGGGCUACGUCCCUUUGCUCAUCCAGAUGUACGCCACGGCAGCGUUCGAAUUCAACCAAAAUGACAACGGCUGGCUGAUGGCCGAGUUUGCGUUUGUGAGAAGUUUGUUCCUGAUAUUUCUCUUUCCUCACAUCAUCUCCUGGGGACGCCGCUGGACAUCUCCCACAUCCAACCUGGUCCCGGAAAAUGACGAACCCUCGCCUGCGCUGUUGCCAACCUCUCCUGGAGAAUUUGAUGCCACAGCAGGCGAACAGGUGGCUGAGGAACCUGUGGAGCCUCUGAAAACUACAAAGGAUAAUGAUGGAAGUCAUUUUGAUCUUGUGUUCUUGCGUUGGAGCCUCGUUGUGGACGGAGCCCUCACCACUGUGGCAGCUUUUGCCACUCGUCGGUGGCACAUAUAUCUUGCCGCCUUCCUUCUCCCAUUUGGUUCUGGGUCAGCCCCUGCAGCCAAAGGAGUUAUUACCGAGAUGUGUUCAGAAUCUCAACGCGCAGACGCACUAAAUGCCGUCACGCUUGUCGAAAACAUUGCUAGACUGUCUACCCAGGGAUUGUUUGGGUUUGUUUUCGCAAGUCUGGCGGGAAUUGGCAAGUCGUAUGCGACUUUUUUCUGCAAUGCGGCCAUUGCGGUUGUUGCAGUGGCCGUACUUCUAUUUUCAAAUUUCCCUCCCCAAGGAAGUUUACCGCUUGAUCGCGAAAAUGAUGACGAUAUUACUACACGAGAGUGAACCUUUUGGAUAUAAAAAGAAUAGAUGGAAGGGUGAUUUUGAUCGCAUCUUGAAGAAGAUUACGAUGGCUCUUCGCAGGCGUGGAAAUUUUAGGAAAGGAAGAAAUUAGUUCGGGACUCUGUAGGGCCACGCUAAUGAUUCGCCGGAGACAAAUGAUACGGAUAUAGGACGGUAACAAAAAUUGCUAUAAUACAAGAUAAAUUAUGCCUACGUGC